UUCACAAAAGACUCCUUCAUCAAAAGCGAAUAUUAUCCAGGCGAGAAACAACAAGAUGGACGCCCGACAUAUCCUUGGAAAUGGUCAUCCCGGCGUCUCCAGAAUGAAGCUGCUGCUCUGAGGCUCAUCAAGGCACACACCUCCAUCGCCGUUCCAGUCGUUUAUUCCUGCAAACAGAAUAACUGGGGCGUUACGAGCCUUGCAGUCCAGCGCAUCAAUGGGAUUACCGCAUCUGAGGUAGUGGAUCAGUGCCGGAUGCCGGAAGGGAAGUCUCAUGUCGCUACUGGCAAAUGCCUCGCAUGCGAACAGAUCGUCGCCGAAAAUGUCAACUACUUCAUUGAGGAAACCGUCAUACCGUCACUGCAGAGACUCAAGUCCAGUUGGACUGGACUUGAUGGGUUUGUCCUUCCAUCGCCCCGCAUUGAGCAACACGACCGCCGGGAUUCAUGGGCGCCGAAACAGUCUUCGGUUCCUGACGAAUACGUCUUCUGCCAUGGCGAACUCUCUCGAACCAACAUCAUGGUACAUCCUACAACUUUGAAAGUCAUUUCCAUUGUCGAUUGGGAAACGGCAGGAUAUUUCCCCGCCGAGCUUGAGCGUCCGCUCUGGCGGCUCAACUAUGAUGAAUACAUGCGGACUUUCGAAGACACUGCUAGGCUUGAUCGGGAAAUUGCGCUUAUUACAGGGUAG